AUGAGUGCCACCAUCGUUGGCGCUUUCACGUGGUCUUCUCUCGAGAGGCUCUCUCCCGUGGCCGAUGCCAUGGUUCGUACCCUCUGGUACAGCAGUUUGGUAUUGGGUGUUGGUGCCGUUGCCCUGAGCUUGCAACAGAGUGUCUUUCUAACGCGCAUCGGAUGUUUACCCCAGGCGAACGCCAUGUGCCGGCGCAUGCUCUCGCGUGAUAUAGGCCUAGGCCAGCGUAUUCCACGCUGGGAUCAGGUGAUUCUAUGGCAGACUGCGGUAGGAUUGCUCGAGUUUAGCAUAUACACGUGGCUGGGCGGGUUCAUCGCCUUUGUUGGAGACACAACGUAUAUAGGGUUAUCGAGUCCUGGCAAGGGAAAUCAAGUGGAACGACUUGAAGAGAAUGUCAACCAGAACGUCAACGAAUAG